UUGGCCUAACCAAGCAAGCAGCAACACACACUGUUAAACCCCCCAGUUUUGGAUGCUCUGAACCUUCCAAAACCCUUCUGCAAACAUAAAGCCAUUCAACAGCAAUGGCGAAUAGACGCUGCCUCCACGCUGUAACUCGCCAAUACGCUUCCAUUCUCUCCUCAUCAAAUCCAUCUUUCCAAUCUCCCAAAACCCUAAUUCCUGCCCUCGAACAAACCCUAGCCCCACCCAACAUUCUGCCGCUCCAACCCGCCAAAUCUGGCCACAUUUUCACCAAUCUCAGAACCAUUUUGUACCCACAGUACACCCCGACUUGCCACUUCUCUUCUCGUCAAAGUGAUGACAGCGACCGAGAAGAAGAAGAAGGAGAAGAAGAAGAAGAAGAUGACGAUGGCGAUGACGAUGAUUAUGGGAGCGAUUCGGUGUCAAAUUGUGCUGUGAAGAGGGAGUAUACUUUGGAGGAGAAAGAGAAGGAGGCGGCCGCAAUUGGGUAUAAAGUGAUUGGCCCUUUAGAGCGGUCCGACAAGGUUUUCAAGCCAUAUGAACCGGCGUUCGCCGUCGUUCAGAUUGGUUCACACCAGUUUAAGGUGAGCAAUGGUGAUUCCAUUUACACUGAGAGAUUGAAGUUCUGCGAAGUGAAUGACAAACUGAUCUUAAACAGGGUUCUCAUGCUGGGUUCACAGAAUCAGACCAUAAUUGGCAGGCCCAUAUUGCCUGAUGCUGCAGUUCAUGCAGUUGUUGAGGAGCAUGCUUUGGAUGCAAAGGUAAUUAUAUUCAAGAAAAAGAGAAGGAAGAAUUAUCGACGGACCAAAGGGCAUCGGCAGGAACUAACUAAGCUGAGGAUAACUGAUAUUCAAGGAAUUGAAAAGCCACAAUUGAUGUCAGCCGGUAAGAUAGAAAAAUCAGCUGUCAAAAAGCCAGAAAAGGUUGCUGUACCUGCCUAGAAGGAGCCACACUGGAUUAAUUCCUCCAAGUUCUUUAUCCAAUUUUUGAAAAAAACACGCUCUUCUCCUGCCUGAGUUUUGCCCCAUGUACAUCUUGAAUACCAUUUUAGGCAAAUAUUUAUGGGUUCUGUUAUAGGCUUGAAUAUAUUGGAUGAUGUGGGUUUGUAUUUUGUUGUGCAGAUCUGCUAUCCUAGAACCUUGAGCAUUGUUUUCUAUUUUUCUUUUCCAACCUGCCAAAAUAGAAUAAUCUCGUAGCUUUAUGGUA